UCUCAUCUUGACACUCUCUCUCUCUCUGCAAUAAUCUCCAGCACAAGGAAAAAAGCCCUCUUUUCUCUCCUCGCGGGACGCUAGGGUUUCUCCAUACCUCGCACUCAAAUUAUACUCAUCAGCCCACGAAUCGAUUUUCCAAGCUGAUAUUUUCUUCUUCUUUAGAAGCUUCUCCAUCUGCUGAUUCAGAUUUCUUCGCUUGCCGUGAGGGAUCGAGUUUGGGUUCAUCUAAGAUCUGAUAUUCUUCGGGUCGGAUUUAUCCAGGUCAAAGUUGCUGGGAGAUGAAAGUGGAGGUGAACCGUCACUGAGGAUCAUCAAUCUACUUCGAGCAGUUAACAAAUGGGUUCCUCCAUUAAGAUCAAUUCAAUUUCCAUAGAUCUGGCAGGCAUCCCCAAUGAGGUUGACACUGGGAAAUGCGAGCAUUUCUCCAUGCGUGGGUUUGUGGCUGAGAUCCGUCAGAGAGACCGUGGAAAAUGUUGGCCAUUUUCAGCAGAUAGUGCUGAUUUGGAAGACCAUAUUAGCUAUCGUCUUCCUUCUUUAUCUGUUCCAAAAUCUAGAUGGUGGCGUUGUACUAACUGCGUCAAAGACAUCAGUACCGAAGGGAUGAAUGGCAGUGAUUGUCAACUGCAUCCAAAGUCAAGAGCCCUUAGGGAGAAAAGGUUUGGUGCUAAUGUGUCGAUUAUCCCUAUUAAAAGCGAUUGGAAUUCUCCUAUUUGCACCAAUAAGAAAGAAAGGAAAGCUGAUAAUGCAGGUAAAGUCACUGACAGGAAUGAAAAUGUGAAUCGGGAUGAAAGAUGUAGGAGGGAAGAUCAUACAGCUACAUUGCUCAAGAAAGUUCGGCGUAGAUCAGUGGAUGCUACUGGUGGGAGCAAGAGCAGAAAACUUGCCAAUCCAGGGAAUGCCAGUAAGAAAUCUAAAGAAAAGGUUAACAUUUCAGUGGAAAUUAAUUGGAAAGAGAACCAAGAGGGUGUGAAUGGUCAAUUUGCGGAAGCUCUGACAACUUUUGGCUCAUCUGAGAUAGCUGGUGUGGUUGACGAUAUGCCUAAAGCAAUAAAAAAUCUUAAAGGUGGUCGUGUUUUGAUGGAACUGGAUGAAUGUGGUAAUGUGUCAUCAGAAAGUGCAACCGUGGCCAGGAAUUUUCUUGAUCACAACCCUGAUAACGUGACCGGUUUGCAGCGUAGGAAAACUCGAAAGGUUCGUCUGCUGAGAGAGUUAUUGAGCAAAUCCAGUACAAAGAGCGGUGGUAAUGUUAGAAAUGAAGAGUCUCCAUCCAAAAAGGAAUCAUUCAGAGGUAGAAAAAGGAAGUCGUCUGGAGAUGAAGAAUGGAGACCUCCUGAGACGACGGCAUCUGAAAAUAAUUAUGCCAACAGGAAAUUAAGUACGAUUGGUAAAACAUCUGAAAACACAUCCCAAAGUUGUGAAUCUGAAGGCAAUGUGCUUUCUGGCAUAGGCUCGCAACCAAGUGUGGAGGAGAGCCAAUCCACUGACGGCGGAUUUGACAAAGACCCCAUUAAGGGUAAGCAGAAAAACAGAAGGUUUCAGGUGGUUGACGAGCAUUUGCCAGCAGUUUCUCGGGAAAAUUCACAGAAGAGUAUCCAGGAAAAUGAUGAAGGCUCGCCUAAAUGCGACCCUGGGAAGAGUAAUUUCCCCAGUUCUGUUCAUUCUUCAUUUACAGGUAAAGCAUUUGUUCCUUGUCCUCUGCAUACCCGGAGAACAGAGAAAAAGCCCAGUUUAGCAAAGAAAAAAUGCAAGAAGACCUUAAUUGAUAACAAUCAGAGCACCAUGAUCGCUCUUGGUAACAGCUUGGUUGGAAGAAAUCAAACUGAAGCAAGAAAGUCUGAAGUGUUGCAAAUUAGCUCCAUAAAUGCAGUUUCCCAAUCUAUCCAAGAUGUAUCAAAUGGGAAAGGGCUUGAACCUUCACUGGACAAAAUUUUGGCUUCAGAAGGAUAUGUUAGAAAGUAUAUUUCCCACCCUGAUCAAAGGCCGGGUUUUUCAUUGCUUUCGCAAGACAUACGUCACAGAGACAAUCACGUGAGACCGAAAGAAGCAGAGACAAACCAUUUUCGAGAUUUCGCUUCCCCUUCUAAAUCAAAUGCUGAUGGAUACUUGAGAACCGGAGUUUACAUUGAUCGCAGUUGCAACGGUAAUACCAAUAGAUUGCCUUUCCUGAACGAGAAACUAAGUCUCAUGCCUUCAGCUGAAGUUGUUGAUAACUCUCUUCUGAUGCAAAAGGAUAUUUCUGGUGCAUACAGCAAAGGGAAGGGAGUUCUUAUCCAAAGCGAUCCGAGAAAGGAGAAGACACCAGAGCAUAUAGAUGAUAUCCCAAUGGAAAUAGUUGAGCUCAUGGCUAAAAACCAAUACGAGAGGUGUCUGCCUGACAAAGAUGAAGUCACCGAUAAGAACAGCAAACAGCCGUCUCAAACAACGACAAGCACAUCGAAGAGUGGAUUGCUGAUUGAUCUCAAUAAGACCUAUGAAAAUGGAGCCUCGCUGGAGGAUAACACAUAUAGACAACAAAAUCCCCAUGGUCAGAAUGUGAGGAAGGAUGAUGCGACUAAAGGAGAACAUUUUGCCGCUGAGAAGCCGCAUUCUGUGGACUUUUCCCCAAGAAGUCAGUUUGGUCACCCUUAUGUGCCUUCCGGGUUGGGGAUGUUUCCUCUUAUGCGAGAGAAGCCAUCGGGCUCCAUUCAGUUUUCUAGUUCAGGAUCUAGUGGGCAGAGCAUUCACAGUUGCCAGUGGCUGAGGAAUGUGCCGACUGUGGCUAGUCAGAGCCCAUCGCCUUCCCUGUUCAGUGGGGCAUUAUGUCCACGUAACACAUGCCAGAGUGUUCAGCCAUAUAGAGAAGCUUCUCAUCCUAUCUGGCCGUCUUCUAUGGUACCACAGAAUCAAAUGCCGGUUUCUAUCAACAUUCCUCGUAAGUUUAUGGAUCAGUCGACCAAGCGGGAUAUUCUUUCACAGGGCUCGAACAACGAUAUGAACUCGUGGAACCUUAACUUUCUUGAUAACGGAAAGCAAAAACGGGGGUUUGAUUCUGAGUUCUCAUUUGGUUGCAAACAUGGUGGUGUUGGUAGCAGAUCCUUAGACCCAUAUACUAAUGAGAGCAGUAUACCGGCAAUGCACCUACUCAGCCUUAUGGAUCCUCGGCUAAGGUCAAAUACUCCCGUUGACCUCCUUGGAAACCCUAAACUCCCGAAAAGACCUUUUCUGCAAGGUCACCAGUCCAAGGAAUAUCUGGGUCUCCAACCAAUGGAAAGUAGUAAGACACCCAACUCAACAAAACAGUUGGCAUUUGAUUUUUACGGCAAAAGAUCGGCAGGUGAGACCUCCCGAGAAAACUUUCCUGUCAUUUCAGCAGUUGGCACAUCUUCAUUAUCAUUUCAAAGUGAUAAGAGUUUCGCCAAAGGUGUUGAUUUUGCAGUCCAAGCUUCGUGGAAUUAUCCAGAAAAGAGAGUCAAGACAAAAGACGGCAUUUCACCAAAUCAGAAUAAUCGUCAAAAGUCCAUCUUUACAAGCAGCUGUGACCCAGGAAAUUUCCAGAUUCUCGGCGCAUCAGAUUCUAUGAUGCUCCCGUUGAAAUUCCACACGACGGACUAUGCCAAGAAAAACAAGGCAAAAGCACAGAGCUGCAAUGCCUCUGCAUUGCCCAUGAAGAGCAAUGGUGGGACUACUAUUAUGUGCAGUAUGAAUAGAAACCCAGCUGACUUCACCAUUCCUGAACCUGGCAACAUUUACAUGAGAAGGGGCGAAGAUCUAAAGUUCAGAAAACGUGGAAGUUACAAGAAGAAACCGAGCUUGUGUAAACAUAAUGAAUUGAAGCAAAACAAGACGACCGUUGGCCCGGCUGCAAGUUAGGAGUAUGCAGAUACUGUUUCGCUAAAACUGAACAUCGUCAAGAAGAUUAGACGAGUAGCGGAUGAAGAAGAGGCGUUUUCCGCCAUUAACAGACAGAGAGGCAUGUAGAUACAAGGGGAAGAAGCACCCGAACCCAGUUACCCCACACCCUUGCUCUGGUUGGAAAAACAUCGGGAAGAAGGAGGCUAGUAAGAGAACGGUAAGAGCUUUCCUCUUCCUGUUCUUGACUUUGGUUUCUUGUCGUGUUUACAGUUUUAGAAGUUUGAAUGGUUUGUUUGUUGUUUUGUCUUUGUCCAAUGAUACAUGCUUGACGUAUGCAUUUGCAUCUUGAGAGAAGUUGUUUGUUGUCCAGACCUCUCCCCGCAGGUUUUGAGAAACACUGCAAAGUGUACUUCUACGAACAAAUAAAAAAAAAAAUUAAAACCUUUGUGUCAGUCUUUUACACUUUGGGAACUCGGCAACUUGCUGAAAUUGGUUUGCUUCA